UAAUAUAUUUUAAAUCUUUAAUUUAAAAUGGUUAAGAUGAAUGUUCUCAAUGAUUGUCUUCGUUCAAUUGUUAAUGCUGAAAGACAAGGAAGAAAAUAAGUGUUAAUUAGACCAACAUCAAAAUUAGUUGUGAAAUUUUUGCAAGUGAUGUAGAGACAUGGAUAUAUAGGUGAGUUUGAAAUUGUUGAUGAUCACAGAAGUGGAAAAAUUGUAGUCGAAUUAUUGGGACGCAUCAAUAAAUGUGGAGUCAUCUCACCUCGUUAUGAUGUGACCUUAGGCGAGUUUGAGAGAUGGGCAAAUAACAUAUUACCAGCAAGACAAUUUGGAUGCGUUGUGUUAACCACUAAUGUUGGUAUUCUUACUCAUGAAGAGGCUAGAUAAAGACAUAUCGGAGGUAAAAUCCUUGGUUUCUUCUAUUGAUUUUAUUACAAUGUACAUUCAUAAACAUACAAUAUAAAUAAUUAAAUAA